GAACUCUAAGGCUGGGGCACAGAAGAGGAAGCAAGAAAAAAAUGAAGAGCUUGCUUCUUACAGUCAUGCUCUAUGGAGCACUUGUGUCUGCCCUGCCCAUCGUUUCAGACACAGAAGUCACAGCAAAGGACAAGGAGUUUGCCAAGAAAUAUCUAGAAGACUAUUACCCUACAUCAGAUAAAACGCCAAUCCUAAGAAGCAAAGGAACUGCUGCUGACAAACUACGAGAGAUGCAAGAAUUCUUUGGGCUGGAAGUGACAGGCAAACUGGAUUCAAACACACUGGCUGCAAUGAAGAAACCCAGGUGUGGGGUUCCUGAUAUAGGUGAAUACAGUACCUUUCCAAUGUCUCCGAAAUGGGCAAAGAAAGACCUGACUUAUAGCAUCCAAAAUUACACACCAGACAUGGAACGUGCUGAUGUGGAUCAGGCAAUCGAGAGAGCUUGGAAAGUGUGGAGUGAUGUGACCCCCUUGACUUUCACAAGGGUGUAUGGGAACUCUGCAGAUAUAACGAUCUCUUUUGCUGCAGGAUACCAUGGUGACUAUAUUCCUUUUGAUGGACCUGGUAGACAGCUGGCUCAUGCCUUUUCCCCCGCUUAUGGUGGAAAUGCCCAUUUUGAUGAGGAUGAAAACUGGACAAGAGAUUUGAGAGGAACCAACCUUUUUAUUGUUGCUGCCCAUGAGUUUGGCCACUCACUGGGUCUCGGCCAUUCCAAUGAUCAAAGAGCUCUGAUGUUUCCAUUCCUACAAGAUUGGGACCCCCAAAGAUUCCAGCUUGGCAGCGAUGACAUUCAGGGUAUCCAGAGUCUUUAUGGACCCCCUAGAAAUGAUGAUGGCCCAUCAGACGAACCUGAAUCACCACCAAACGUUCCAGCAGAAUCACCAUCACCAGACCUGUGUGAUUCACACCUGGUAUUUGAUGCUGUUGCCAGUCUUAGAGGGGAAACCUUGUUCUUUAAAGACAGCUUCUUUUGGCGAAAGAAUCCUCUGAGAAGAGACAUUGAAAAGGAUCCCAUUUCUGCUUUCUGGCCAGCUUUGAGCAGUGGCAUAGAUGCUGCAAAUGAAGUCCCAGAUAAAGAUACAAUAUUUCUCUUUAAAGGGCACAAAUACUGGGCUUUCAAGGCAACUAUUGGAGAGCCAGGUUUUCCAAAAAGCAUCCACAAACUGGGCUUCCCAAAGACUGUUAAGAAAGUUGAUGCAGCUGUUUAUGAUGCAAACAUAAAGAAAACCUACUUCUUUUCGGGUGAUCAAUACUGGAGAUAUGAUGAAAGGAAGAAUUUCAUGGAUCAGGGCUAUCCAAGGAAGAUAGCAAGUGACUUCCAUGGAAUUGUCUCCAAGGUCGAUGCUGCUUUUGAGCAAAAUGGACACCUGUAUCUAUUCAAUAGCUCAAAGCAACAUGAAUUUGACAGCAAGAACAAAAAAUUUCUUGGUCUUAAGAAGAGCAACAGCUGGUUUGGCUGCAAAUGACAUGGAUGGAAGUAGAAGGAAGUAGCCAAGAACAGAGGAAUCCCAGCUUCACAAUGCAUCAAGCACUGACUGUUUGGCUGGUGUUGGCAUUACAUGCUCCACUCUGUGUUUGUGAGGCUGAAAAAAAACCCUGUACUUGGGCAUUAAUAUAUUUUAAAGGGGAAAGUGGAAUAAUAUAUUUAUAAAUUAAUUAUUAAACAAAAUGCAUUUAAAUGUUAAUUUGUAUGUUGCUGAGCAAUAUAAAGAUUUAUGUUUCUAUA